AUGGUUGGAUUAUUCUACCAUAUGACUGAAUCGAUGCAUGAUCCUUAUAGGAUUAACUUUGAGAAAAUGAGGAAAAUGGGUGGAGUGGAGUUUGAAGGCACUGUUGAUCCCACAGAUGUUGAACAAUGGCUUGAUCGCAUGGAGAGGGUAUUUGAGCAGUUGGAGUGUUCAGAUGUUGCCAAAUUUAAGUAUGUUAUUUCACUAUUACAAAAGGAUGCUUAUGAUUGGUGGGUAAGUGUUUCGAAUGCCAAGUAUGUCCCACCUGCUUAUUGUGAUGCAAAGAAAAAUGAGUUUUUGAAUCUAAGGCAACGAGGCAUGUCUAUUGCUGAAUACGAACAGAAGUUUCUAAGGCUCUCUCGCUAUGCUGGUGGUAUUAUUAAAGAGGAAAAAGACAAGUGCAGGAAAUUUGAAGACGGUUCAAAUGAUUCCAUACGGAAGAAUGUGGCGAUCCUGCAACAUGAGAAAUUUUGUAAGUUAGUGUCUGCUGCUUUUACUUGGGAACGACUUGAUAAAGAAGAAACUAGUAGAAAUGAAAACAGAUUCUGA